AUGCCGCAACCAUUGAGCUCCAAGGAUGCGUCCUUGUUCCGCCAAGUGGUGCGCCACUACGAGAACAAGCAACACAAGAAGGGUAUCAAGACCGCCGAACAGAUUCUGAAGAAGAACCCCAACCAUGGCGACACACUAGCGAUGAAGGCCCUGAUCAUGAGCAACAUGGGACAGCAAGAGGAGGCUUUUGUGCUGGCCAAGGAAGCUCUGAAGAAUGACAUGAAGUCGCACAUCUGCUGGCACGUCUACGGGUUGUUGUACCGGGCGGAAAAAAACUACGAAGAGGCAAUCAAGGCAUACCGGUUUGCGCUGAGGAUCGAGCCCGAGUCGCAGCCGAUCCAGCGGGAUCUGGCCCUACUCCAGAUGCAAAUGCGGGAUUACCAGGGCUACAUACAGAGCAGGAAAACCAUGCUGCAGGCUCGCCCCGGGUUCAGACAGAAUUGGACGGCUCUCGCCAUUGCGCACCAUCUUUCGGGAGACCUGGAGGAGGCCGAGAAGGUGUUGACGACUUACGAGGAGACGCUGAAGAUCCCACCGCCCACCUCCGACAUGGAGCAUUCGGAAGCUGUGCUUUACAAGAACAUGAUCAUGGCUGAGUCUGGCAAGGUUGACAAGGCGUUGGAACAUCUUGAGCAGGUGGGCUACAGAAUUGCGGAUGUCCUUGCCGUGAUGGAGAUGAAGGCCGACUACCUUUUGCGACUGGGCAGGAAGGCCGAAGCGGAGGCAGCCUAUACCGCUCUUCUGGACCGGAAUCCGGACAACUCGCUCUACUACGACGCCUUGAUUAGGGCAAAGGGCAUCUCUAGCGAUGACCAUACUGCCCUCAAGGCUGUAUAUGAUACCUGGGUAGAGAAGAAUCCUCGUGGUGAUGCUGCCCGCAGAAUACCCCUGGAAUUCCUGGAGGGCGAUGACUUCAAACAGGCCGCCGAUGCGUACCUGCAGCGUAUGCUUAAGAAGGGCGUCCCUUCUCUCUUCGCUAACCUUAAGUCGCUAUACACCAACCCGGUGAAACGCGACACGGUGCAGGAGCUGGUUGAAGGCUACGUCUCGACAGCUCCCCAGUCGAACGGUUCCUCCGAAGGCACCGACAACACCGAGUUUCUCUCUUCCUCCUACUACUUCCUUGCUCAGCAUUAUAACUACCGCCUCAGCCGGAACUUGACCAAGGCCAUGGAGAACGUUGACAAGGCUAUCGAGCUCUCGCCUAAGGCCGUUGAGUAUCAGCUGACCAAGGCCAGGGUAUGGAAGCACUAUGGUAACAUGGAGAAGGCAGCAGAGGAGAUGGAGAAGGCGCGCCAGUUGGAUGAAAAGGAUCGUUAUAUCAACUCCAAGGCCGCAAAGUACCAACUCCGCAACAACGACAACGACAAGGGUCUUGACAACAUGAGCAAGUUCACCCGGAACGAGGCCGUUGGCGGUGCCUUGGGCGAUCUCCACGACAUGCAAUGUACCUGGUAUUUGACCGAGGACGGUGAGGCCUAUCUGCGCCAGAAGAAGCUUGGCCUUGCCCUGAAGCGCUUCCAUGCCGUCUACAACAUUUUCGACACCUGGCAAGAAGACCAGUUUGAUUUCCACAGCUUCUCCCUCCGGAAGGGCAUGAUUCGCGCGUACGUCGACAUGGUUCGUUGGGAAGAUCGCUUGCGUGAUCAUCCUUUCUACACUCGGGUGGCUGUUUCUGCCAUCAAGGCAUACCUCAUUCUCCAUGACGACCCGGAUCUAGCUCACGGACCGCUACCCAACGGUUCUGGGGAGGACGACAGCGAACGUAAGAAGGCUCUCAAGAAGGCCAAGAAGGAACAGCAGCGUCUAGAGAAGCUUGAGGCGGAAAAGCGUGAGGCGAGAAAGGCAGCAAGCACCAAGGGUGUUGAUGGAGAGGUGAAGAAGGAGGAUGAGGAUCCUCUCGGCACCAAGCUCGCUCAGACCCAAGAUCCGCUCAAGGAUGCGACCAAGUUCCUGACUCCCCUGCUGGAGCUGAGCCCUAAGAGCAUUGAGGCCCAGUGCCUUGGCUUCGAGGUUUAUCUCAGAAGAGGCAAACACGCGCUUGCCCUCAAGUGUCUCUCCGCCGCGCAUGCGAUUGAUGCAUCCAACCCGACUCUCCACGUCCAACUCCUCCGGUUCCGGAAAGCGCUGGACACUCUUCCCGAGCCCCUUGCGCCUCAAGUAGCCGAGGUCGUGAACGCGGAGUUCGAGACUCUACUCCCCAAGGCCCAGAACCUGGAUGAAUGGAACAACACCUUCGUCUCGACACACAAGGACAGCGUUCCGCACCAGCAAGCCGGUCUCACCUCCCGGCAGCUCUUGAACCCCGACUCGAAGCCUCAGUGUGAACAGGACCUCGCUUCUACUCUCGACUCAACGGAUAUCACCAUCGAAACCGCCCUUGCAGGCUUGGAGCUGCUGAACGAAUGGGGAAGCAGCCAAGCCGCCCAGACAGCUUAUGCUCAGAAGGCCAGCAGCAAGUGGCCCGAGGCUACGGUGUUCCGCCUCGAAUAG